UGGUACAGUCCGUGACGUAUACGGAAACAGCGUGAAAACAUCCCAAACGCGCGCACCGUUUGAUUCGAGGAAAUUCUCGAAAAAUAAAGUGAUAAAGUAUAUCAGUAUUUCCUGUGAUUUGACCCGGAAUAGACUCCCAUAACCCGGAGACUGACGAUCGUGUGUAAAUCGCUGUUCUCACUGUCGCUGAUCUGAAGCCAGCUCUGCCAGGACCCCCAGCAUGCAGGAGGACUCCAGCCGCAGUCCCAGUUAUACUGUGACCUGCGAGGACUACGUGCACGUGGUCGAGUUCAGUCCCUUCAGCUGUGGCUCCCCCGCCUCUCUGCUGGCCUACGGGGGAAACCAGUAUGUGGUGGUGGGCACCUGCCUGUUCCAGGAGGAGGACGUGGAGACAGAAGGAGUGGAAUUCAAUGUACUUCGGGCUUUCCACCAUGAUUUGCGCGUUGACGCUCUGGCUUGGAGCCCAGAGUCCCGGCUGGACCGGAUACCCACUCUCAGAUUUUGCACCGCUGCGGCCGACAGGAAGCUGCGUCUGCUGACUUCUGAUCUCCAGGAUAGGCAUGAAGUCAAGGUGAUGGAGGGUCACACCAGCUACAUUAACCAUUUGGUGUUCGAGCCCACGGAGGGGAAACAAAUUGCUUCCGUCAGCGAUGAUCACACUUGCAGGGUGUGGGACCUGGACGGAAAGGAAAGCUGCACUCUCCGUCUUCGCUCUCCUGGCGUCAGCGUGUGCUGGCACCCGGAGGAAGCCUUUAAGUUGAUGGUGGCCGAGAAGAAGGGAACGAUUCGCUUCUACGACCUGCUGACCCAGCAGGCCAUCCUGUCGCUGGACUGCGGCCAGUCGCCGCUCCUCUCCGCCGACUGGUGCCUCACCAACACCAUCAAAGUCGGCGCCGCGGCGGGAAACGACUGGCUCAUCUGGGACAUAACUCGCUCCAGUUACCCACAAGAAAAGAGACCAGCCCACGUGGAUAAAGCGCGAUUAUUCAAGUGGUCCCGCGCCAACGAAAACCUCUUCGCCACCACCGGAUGUCCGGGCAAGAUCUCCACCCAGCUGCUGAUCCACCACCUGGGACACCCACAGCCGGUGACGGUGGGAUCGGCCGCGGUGGGAUCGGGCCUCAGCUGGCACCGGACGCUCCCGCUGUGCGUGGUCGGUGGCGACAGGAAGCUCAGCUUUUGGAUGACCGAAAUGUAGACGCGCACGGCGCCCCCCCCCCGGUGGACGAGGUCCAAACGAGUGUUUCUGUUCCUGUGAAUGUCCAAUAAAAUGCAUUUUUAUCUGCUGA